AUGAACAUAACCAGUCUCAAUGGAACGAUUAACAUUUUAACCCCUCCCGCGAAGCAAACGAACUCCACAGGGUACACCUGCAAGUGGAACAUUCAGCUAAUGAAAGUCGACACACCUCGCCAUGUUGAACUACGUUUCACUUCAUUUGACAUCGCUGGAAUCAUGCCAGAGUGCUUCAGUGGAAAUUAUAUCGAAUUAUUUCUUGGUUGCAAUCCAUCAAAGUCUAUCGGUAAAUUUUGCGGGAAGUUGUCAAUGCCUGUAGUAUAUUCGUUUGAUCACUGUCUCCAAAUAAGGCUCAUCGUCGCGUCUGAUUUCCGAUUUGAAGGAAGCAGUUUGCUCCAUGGUGUGCCCUAUUUUACAGCUGUUUUCAACCAACGCUUACGAACAAAAGGCGAGUGAUUCAUAAAGCCAUAAGGUUUGAUAUGCAUUUAGUUAGGCACUGAGAGAAGUAUGACGCGAAUUAAAUAAACAGCAACUCAAUAAUUAGCAACUUAGAUUUAAAAUGACUACAAAAAGUUUUCCGAGACACCUCCCGACUAUAUUCAAAGCGCUCAUAAACCACUGAACUUUAUUUUUUUUCACAGUCAAACCAAUUUCACAUAUACAUUGACCACAGGAUUAAAAUUUGAAAGCAGUGAGGCCUUAUCGCAAAAAGGAAAAUUCUGAAGUGAUGAGAAAACCUAUUGAGGAUGACUGUCCCCAAAAAACUGUUUAAUGAAAUAUUCCCAUUAUAUUAGCAUAAUAAUGGCGAUUGCCGUGCCAUGCCCACCGUUUAAAACGUUAAUCCUUUAGUUAGCACAUGUGCCGGAGAAUCGUUUGACUACAAAGGAAGAAAGUUGGUUUUUGAGUGCUCUGGCUUCCAGUGCACUUAUUACUAAGCUCCCUGAUAAUAUUUUUUAUACUGAUAUUAUUUUUAUUUUAGACAUUUAUGUACUUCAUGCUUAAUUAAUGAUGCCGAUAAAAGUUAACAAAAUUUCUGCUAUCUUUCAUUUUCCUCAGCCUUAUCGCAGAAUUAUUGUAAGUAUAAUUAUUUGUGAUCUUCUUGUUUAACUGUCUCCCUCAAGGUGAAAUGGAAGACAAAAAUGCUUCUUCUGAGUUGACUAAUAUUGUUCUUGAAAUACUCAUACAAUGAUAGGAGCAGAAAAUAAUUCAAGACUAAACAUAGUUUUGGAAAAUCUCUUUUUCCAUGGACAAUAACAAAGAUUUUUAGAUCUUUUCGCUUUUUCAAUGUUGCCUUACUAUUACUCUUUAGUGUCAUCAUUCGCAAAAUGAUAUACUUUUAAAAUUGAAUUUAGCGUUGUUUCAGAGAAAAUUGAUUUCAAUCUUACAAGUUUUGGUCUUUGAAAAUUUCUUUCUUUUUAUCAUUCAUGGAAUCACUAAGAAAUAAAAGGAAAAUCUAGGCAUAAUAGUAAGUAAACCGCUUAUUAACGAAAUAUAACAGAUUAUCGCGAAGAGAUAUCAAAAGCAUUUUAUGAUAGAGUAAUCCUUUAACUCCCAGAGGCUAUGUAUAUGUAACUUACUAACAUUCCAAUAAGUUAUUUUGCAAACAAAUAAAGGGGGUAAGUUUCUAAAGAAACUGAGCUGCUACGUCGGUGGGAGAGUAUAACAGGGUAAUUUAGUAUUAUCAACUGAGUUGAUAAAGAAAAUUGGCCAACGUAAAGAGUUCAAAAGUUGAAGUUUCGAGCGUUAGCCCUUCGUUAGGGCGAAUGAUGAAUAAUUGGGAGUUAAAGGUUGAGCACGUCAAAUUUGAAAUUAUCAUCUUCUUGUUUUAACCAAUUCUCUAUUUAGGUAAAAAUAUUUGGAUUAGCUGUAAAAUAAUCACUCAUUUUUGACGUUUUUCAAUUGUUGAGAACAUCUACAAUAAAACUCACUGAUUCUGCCAACAUUAAUUUAAGACUUCGAUUAUACAUUUCUAAAAGUUUACUAAUAAGAAACUAAAGAAGAAAGAAAAUUACAACUUCUCAUUUGCAGACGGUUGUGGCAAGGAUUACUAUGCCAAUGCAAGAUAUGGAAAUGUCUUCUCGCCACACUGGCCUCUACCCUACCCCCGGUACGUAGACUGUGUAUGGCACGUGACUACGCGGAAAGACUAUAAUAUCAAGCUGCUGUUCUUUGAUUUUGACGUCAGAUCAACGAACGCAAGCUCAGAAGCCGACUUCGUGGAAGUGAGACCAGGAAGUAAGUACCUCAUGGAUAAAGUAGUUUCUUUGUCUUAGCUCGUUUUAUUGUUUGGUUUGGUGAGUAUACACAGGGCGGGAGGGAGGAGAGGGAGGGUGUUAGCCAUGGGGGAGGUAUUUUCGAAUGAAAGGCAAACUGGAAUCCCAAAUAGAGCGAGAAAGAUGGUAAAAUAAAACAACUGGUUCGUCUACAAGCAAUCGAACCUCAGACCUGUAAGCUAUAUGAUGUUCUAAGAAAGAGCUAAACAGAACUAAGUGGAGUACUAGGCCUAUAUUAGCUUCAUAUGAGAAUUUUGUGGCCUGUUGAAAGCUCUAAGUCAAUCAAGUUUAAUUGGCAAAAGCGUCUUCACCCGCUUAUCUCGACUGUUUCUUUAAUCAAGGAAGGUUAGUGACAAAAUCCAAACAGUGUGGAAGAAAGGACCCCUUUUCACUAACGAUUGAGGGAGACUCAGUAUUCAUACAAUUCAAAAGUAAUGCGGAGGCUGGAAAUCGGGGAUUUAUGGCCGGAUUUGUAACCUACAGUGCUGGUACGUAGAUAUUGAAUGUAAUGAUUUGAUGUAGAUAUCGAAUGUAAUGAUUUGAUGUAGAUAUCGAAUGUAAUGAUUUGAUGUAGAUAUCGAAUGUAAUGAUUUGAUGUAGAUAUCGAAUGUAAUGAUUUGAUGUAGAUAUCGAAUGUAAUGAUUUGAUGCACUACACAUUCUUCGCCAUACGCUAAAAAUGGCGCAAGUGUUUUAUCGAUAACUGUAAGCCGAAAACUGUUGAAAAUACUGAUUCCCGCCUUUCCGUUUUGGACCAAAUUCUCUUGACUCACUGUCAAAAAUCACCAACCUUUAAUUUUUAGUCUUAGUUCUUUAUUUUCGUCGAGAUCCCGUUCGAAGCCAGCGACCUGAUUUCCACUACCAUCUUUGAUAUUAAGUCUCCGUACUAAGAGCGGUCAAGGGUAGGAUUUGCCAAAUCUAUACAUUUAUUGUAUGUAGGUCCUAAGAGACCUAUCGCACUAAAGCACUUUCCAAAUGAAAACUUGUCGUAAUGUGUGAUUCGUUUCCACACACAGAGACUGUCGACUUUCAACCUCAAGUCCUCAUCAUGCUGGCCGUGAUAUUCUCAACUCUUUUGCUUUUUGCGGGAAAAGCUUUAGUUAAAAAAAUGUUAGAGAAAAGACGAUUGAAAAGGAAGGCUAAUCUUGACCAAUCAGCACGACGCUACUGGACUAGGAGUGUGACACCAAUAUCACAUGACCACUCAGUGGGAGAAUCCACGGCAAAGUCUGACUUCUUAGGUCGGAAAGGGUCCUCAACAGGCAACUGCCCUGUGAAAAAUGUCACUUUUGAAACAGCAGAAACAGAAAGCAAGCCAAGCCCUGGAAAGGAAUAUAGCAAUGAAGAUCUGGAGCAAGAAACUGUCUGCUAAUCGGUU